AUGUCCUUCUCGAACACCGACCACCCAUCCAAAAAGCCCAAAACCUCGCAUCCUCCUCCGUCAGCAUCCUCAAAUUCUCCAUACGCUGAGAUCUCCAUUUUCGAUCCAGUCCGCACAAAUACGCCAGAAACCUCGCCGGCCACCUUGAUGGAAGACACCGAAGUCGAUCUCUUUCCCGAAGGCACCUCGCACGCCGCUCCACAAACACCACCUCGCAAUGACCACCUGAACGCCGCUGCUCCUGGUGAACUAUCACCUCCCCGCUCUCAAGGCAACGCCUCGGCCGACGCCGUCACAGGUGCACUCAAUGGCAAUGGGCCUGUCUCCGCUGGUGGUGCCAACGGGGCACAAGAACCCGGCAACAUGUCCUCUUUCACAGAUUCCGGCAAUGCGGGUCUGAGCUUCGCCCAGCAAGGUUACGGCGGUGAGUACAACGGCACCAACAAGAAUGAGAAGGGCCCGCAGCCUGGCGAGUGGAAGACCAAGAAGGCGCAGGACGAGAUGGUGCGAGCGUGGGAGUUUGUGGUAGAUCGAGAAUGGAGCGCGCAGGAAUAUGGAGAUGUGAUCAUGGCUGGUCGGCAGCAGGGAACUGGUGGUUCUUGA